AUGGCAGCCAUUACGAGGCUCUCAGGCGGCUCGAUCGCCGCCAGCUUGCUGCAAGGUCGCAGCCAACGCGAUCGCCGGUCGCUUUCCGCUAACCGCGAUCCGUCGUUGUUGUCGCUGACACGCGGAACAGCGCACGCUCGGAUUUCCAGGCGGACGCACCUUCCUGUUUCCUCUCCACGAGCUACCCUACCCGCUGCUGUUUCUGCCUCUGCUGCCUCUGCCGCCGAGGCGCCGGUGAACGGAUCUGUGACUAUGGAGGGUGUGACUAUGCGCGUCCCGCCUCCCCCGCAUCCCACGUGUGACGUCAUGAUGGCCGUGAAAGCCGCCCUGGAUGAAGACGCGGGCGAUCUCGGCGACGUCACGAGUCUGGCGACCAUCCCAGCGGGCACACAAGCGAGCGCGCAGUUCCUGGCGAAGGAAGGGGGCGUGCUGGCGGGCACUGCGCUCGCCACUGCUGUGUUCCGACUGCUGGAGCCGAGCAUUCAGGUGGAGUGGAGCAAGGAGGAUGGGGACACGGUGGAGAAGGGCGAGGUGUUUGCCACUGUGCAAGGGUCGGCGCAUGCCAUCCUGCAGGGCGAGCGCGUGGCGCUCAACUUAAUGCAGCGCAUGAGCGGCAUUGCCACGUCCACCCGGGCCAUGGUGGAGGCAGCCCGCCCUGCCACCGUGCUAGAGACACGCAAGACCGCCCCGGGGCUCAGAAUCACCGACAAGUGGGCGGUGCUGAUAGGAGGGGGUCAGAACCACCGAGUGGGGCUGUACGACAUGCUGUUGAUCAAAGACAACCACAUCGCUGCUGCCGGUGGUGUUCCGGCUGCCAUCCACGCUGCCAGAGAGUACAUUCGAUCCAACGGCCUGGAUCUCCCGGUUGAGGUGGAAGCGCGCACGUUGGAGGAGCUGCAGGAGGUGCUGAGGUGCCGUGGGGAGGGCGUGGGGCGGGUGACGCGGGUGAUGCUGGACAACAUGGUGGUGCUGCGACGAGGGGGAGGGGACGGUGGAGAGGAAGUGCAUGUAGAUGUGUCCAUGCUGCAGCAGGCUGUGAACAUGGUGAACGGGCAGUUGGAAACCGAGGCAUCGGGCAAUGUGACUUUGGAGACUGUGGGUGCUAUUGCUGCAACGGGCGUUGAUUUCAUAUCAAGUGGUGCUUUGACCCAUUCUGUAAAAGCGCUAGAUAUCUCGCUCAACAUUGACACAGAGCUUGCAUUAGACGUUGGUCGGAGGACAAAUCCUGCCUGUCAGAUGGCGAAAAGGUCGAAGGAAAUAGGAGACGCAGUAUGCAAUGGCGAAGUGCGUCCUCUGUUAGAUGACCAAGCCGUUUCUUCGUCUCAGUAUGGUUCGGUAGUCCCUCCUGCGCUUGAUUCUAAUGACGACCCGGGCCCGAAGGAAGCUUUAGCACGAUGCCUUUCCAAACCGAUACAACAUGAAAGCUUAGAUUAUGAGGUUCUUGAGUCUGCGAUUCACGACGAGGACUGGCGCUCAAGAACGCGAGUAGAGCAUCUCCAGUACACGUUGCUCAAAUGGCUCUUUGUCCUGCUCGUUGGUGCUGCUACGGGAGCUGUCGCUUUUUUCAUAAACAUGGGUGUUGAAAACAUCGCAGGCUUCAAGUACGAGAUGGUCCGAAAAUACAUGAAGACCGAAAGUUUGCUUGCAGGCUUUCUGAUUCUAGUGUGCUCCGACGUCUCUCUCGUCUUCUUCUCCUCGCUCCUCUGUAAUGUAAUAUCGAUGGAAGCUGCCGGUUCUGGUAUCCCGGACGUCAAAGCGUAUCUCAACGGAGUAGACACACCAAGAAUAUUCGCAGCUAAGACACUGUUUGUCAAGAUCUUCGGAAGUAUCGGCUCUAUUGCUGGUGGUCUUGCUGUGGGAAAGGAAGGUCCGCUUGUUCACACAGGGGCGUGUAUUGCAAACGUUCUUGGACAAGGUGGCUCCCGGAAGUACCAUCUCACGUGGAAAUGGUUGCGGUAUUUCAAGAAUGACAGGGAUCGAAGGGAUCUGGUGACAUGUGGUGCUGCAGCAGGUGUUGCUGGUGCCUUUAGAGCUCCUGUGGGUGGUGUGCUCUUUGCCCUGGAAGAAGCAACCUCUUGGUGGCGAAGUGCUCUUCUUUGGCGAGUCUUUUUCACAAAUGCCGUUGUGGCCAUGGUCGUCCGUGCUCUUAUGACCUAUUGUGCCAAUGGACAUUGUGGGCUUUACAAUGGCGGAGGGUUUAUCAUAUUUGAUCAUACAGAGGCGAAAACGGAGUUUGGAGUGGUGGAAAUGUUUCCUGUCAUUGGGUUGGGAAUUAUUGGAGGAAUUGCGGGGAGCAUUUUUAACCAGCUUAACCUCUCGCUAUGCAAGCUGAGACAGCAAGGAAGCAGGCGAGGAGUGUGGAAAAUUGUGGAGGCAUGUGCAGUGGCGGCAUUGACAUCCGCAGUUCGAUUCUCCGUGCCGUUCCUGGUCAAGUGUCAGCAAUGCCCGGAUGGAAUUGAAUGCCCCAGCAAGACAGAGAUGGGGUAUUACAAGAGCUUCACUUGCCCUCCGGGCCACUAUAACGACAUGGCUGGCCUGCUGUUUACACCCAACGAUGAUUCCAUCCGAAGCCUUCUCAGCAGCGGAACACAUCAUGCAUUCUCGUACACCUCACUUUGCAUUUAUUUCUGCUGCUUCUACUUCUUGUCCAUUCUCACAUAUGGCAUCACUGUGCCGUCGGGCCUUUUUGUGCCUGCAAUUGUCUGUGGCGCAACUUAUGGCCGCAUGGUUGGAAGAAUUAUGUCCAACUAUGCACCAGCAGACAACUUGGACGAGGGGACUUAUGCACUCAUUGGCACAGCGUCUUUCCUGGGAGGGUCCAUGAGGACAACUGUCUCUCUAUGUGUGAUUCUCCUGGAGUUGACUGGAAGCCUAAAGCUUCUCCCACUCAUCAUGAUUGUGCUGCUGGUUUCGAAGACGGUCGGCGACAUGUUCAACAGUGGGAUUUACGAUGCGCACAACCAGCUGAAGGGGAUCCCGUACCUUGAGGCUCAUCCAGAGGAGGCGAUGCGGCAUUACACUGCCAAGGACAUUCUAGUCUCUGAGCCGGUGAAGUUUUCAGGCGUGGAGAGUGUGGAGCGGAUCUACGAUACGCUUCGCACCACAAACCACAACUCUUUCCCAGUCAUCGACACCCAUGAAGAUGGCUCAACAUCCUUCUAUGGACUUGUCUUGAGAGGUCAUCUCUUGGUGCUACUUCGGUCAAAGCAGAGCUUUCUGCUCCAUCCACAUCAAGUGUCUGAAACUGCCCAGAAGCACCUUGCAGCAGAGGAUUUUGGUAAGCCAGGAUCAGGUAAGGGGCUGAAGCUGGAGGACAUUCAGCUGAGUGAAGAGGAACUUGGAAUGUUCCUAGACUUGCAUCCUCUCGCCAACAGAUCUCCAUACAUUGUGCCCGAGAGCAUGUCUCUCAACAAGGCAUACAUGCUCUUCAGACAGCUGGGCCUUCGUCAUCUUUGUGUGGUUCCCAAGCCGACUCAUGUCAUGGGCAUCAUUACCCGCAAAGAUCUACUGCCUCAAAACUUCAGUGAGCGGAAUGUAUCUCAGACGUCAUUAGUGUAG